AAAGUAAAUCUUGGCUGUCCAAAGGAUAUCCCUGAAAUAUGUAAUGAAAUGUUUCCUACAUUAUAUACAAGAAGUAAAUGGAUGAAAUCUAAUUUUACUGUGUCUGCUAUAAUACGUAUAUCUGGUACAUUAUGGUGGUUUGGUAAAAAUGAUCAUUAUCAACCAUUAUUUCGUUUUCAUAUAUUAAAAACAUUUGAUUCAGAUAUACAUCCAUAUGAUGAAAAAAUGAUCUUAACUUAUUCAUGGCCAUUACAAUGUAUUUGUAUAGAUGAAAUUAUAAUUGGUAAAAAAUAUUUAAUGUUAACUCAUUCAUUUAAAUCAAGACAAACAUUGCAUAUUACAAAGAAUACUGUAUUUCUAUCACGUGUAAGACGUUAUACAAGAAAAUUGGCGUGUUGGAAAGGUGCAUGCACUAUAAGAUCUAGUCGUAAUCGUAAACGAAGUUAUUAUAUACAAUCAAAUAGUAAAUUACUAAAUCAUAAUGAUAGAAAAUUAAAAUAAAAUUUAAAAGAAAAAAAACAAACAAAUAAAUAAAUAAAUAAAGGAAUCAAACCCCACCUCCACCUUCACACCCACCUCCAUCAACAUUUUUAUUAAAAACACUUAUAGUAACCAAGGUAUUAUUCAAUCUAAUUCAUAUACUAUAUAUUUCUC